AUGAAUCUCAAUGCCAUGGACAUUUCUGCUUUCCGCUUCGGCAACCUCUUUCAAGGACUCAAGAAUCCCGCAGAAAUCAAGCAGCAAUACAACAAGCUAAUGGGAGCAUACAAGGAGCAAGUCAGAAUAGAUCAUAUUCUUGCUUCUACCAAUUAUCUGACUGGUCCCACAUAA